UUGAUUUCGAAGGAGGAAUUUUCAAUUCGAAAAUGGAUGCUGACUGUCGUGAAAUUUUUAAAAGAUAUGUGAAAAUACUUACUGGAUCCAUACCAAAUAAUGAAGCUGAAUAUAAAACUAAGAAUAUCACUUUGAAUGAUAUACAGUAUUUAAUAAGUCAUUUGGAAGAUUUUAUUGCUGCAUUUCCGAAUGAUUUAUCCAAAAGUUGUAUUAUCUGUAAACUUUGUGAACUUACUGUUGGAUUUGGACUUGUUCAUCAAGUAUCUUCAGAUGAUCGAGAUUACUCUCCUGAAGACUUUCCUUAUACUGCUGUAAAUGCAGUAGAGUGUUUUCAGUGCCUGAAACCACUACUGAAGGAAGUACAAUCCAUGGAACAUGGUUUUAAGCGCCAUUUUCUUAUAAAUGUAUUAUUACUUUGUGCUACUCAUAAUAAAACAUAUCAUUGGAGCAGUAGUAACUCUAUUACAUCAUCUGAAGAAUUUUUAUCUGAUCUCUUGCAAUGUACUCAGCAUAGCAGUUUAAUGAGCUUGCUUUGUGAUGAUAAUUUUCAUCCUACAAUUUUUAAAGGAAUUUUGAAGAAAAUGCGACCAUCCUUAAUGAAAGACACUUGGAUGUUGAAUCCAAGUUCAUGUUACAUAUUUAGUUGGUUAUUAUGUCAUGUAAAGCAUCCCCACUUGGUGGAAUAUUUACCUGAUGUUUUCCCUCCUCCAUUUAUGUUUGUGUCUUAUCAUGCUGUUCCACAGAAAGUGUUGGGUAUUCAAUGUUUUAGCCAUCUACUUGACAAUGUCCCACCAACAUUAAUGAAAUUAGAUGGUAAAGAAGAUGUUAUUUUUCAUUCCUUGUUUUCUCUUAUUUAUUUAAAAGAGCUUCCUGUAAUAGAAGUAUUAUUCCCUUGUCUUCUAAAAUUGCCAAUGAUGAAAACACAAAAGGCCAAACUGGUUUAUUGGGAAGAAAGAGACAAAAUCUUCAAUCAUCUGCUUUUUACUGCAGAAUAUGAAAAUAACCGUGAGAUGAAAAAGAUUUAUCUUUCACAUAUUAAAGAUUUUGUUGAGUGCAGUCCUCCUUUUAAUCAUUUAAAGCGUUUGAUAGAAGUUGUAAAAACAGUUUUGAUAGAAAAUCCGUUUUCUGAUUUAACUUGCAAGAUAAUAACUUUGCAAAUCCUAAAAGCUGUUAUCAAAUCUUGUUGGCCAAGGAUGGAAAUCCACUGUUUUGACAUUCUAAUAUCAGUGCUUGAUCUACAGCAACAAAAUGAUGUCCAAAAUAAUGAUGAAGUUAAUGAACUUAGUGAAGAAUGUUUAACUCUUUUAAGGUUUUCUUGUGAAGAUAAAUUUAUGUCUCUUACCUCAAGUUAUGUAGAAGAUCCAAAUCUUCCAGGAGUUGAAUUGUUAAAACGAAUUAUUGCUAAAGAAGACUAAUAUUAUUAGUUUAUUCUUGUAAAUAUGAUGUAAAAUAUUCCAUAAUUGUAUUUGAUUUCCAUAUAUGUCCAUAAUUGUAUUUAUUUUUUGUAUAUUUGCA